CAUCUUUGAGCUUAAAAAUAAAAAAGUCGCCUUUUUAAGUUCCUCUCUCUCUAUUCACCACUCAAACUGGUUCCCCAAAAAGCUCAAACGAAUCCUCUUUCUCCCUCCACACCAGCCGCUCUAUUAUACUCGCUUCGUCUCCUGCUACUGCUACUCCGCGCACCCCCACCCACCAUUCGCUCAGCAAAAGCCCAAUUUUUGUGGUCCUCGCGGAAGCGGUUCCCCUCCCCAUGGACCGCUCCGGGGCGCGGCGGGCGCACUCGGUGUCGCCGCGGCGCUCGCCGGCGGCGGGGUCGUCGGCGGCGGCGGCGCCGCCGACGAGGUGGCGGAGCGGGGGGUUCGAGGCGGCGUGGCGGAAGGGCUCGGCUUCGUUCGGGCACUCCUCUUCGCGGCUGCAGCGGGAGAGCCGCGAUCCUGGCGGCGGCGCCGCCGCGGCGGCCGGAGGGGGUUUGGGGCUGUCGGAGAAGCAGUGCCUUAGCAUUCUACAGUCGAUGGGGCAAUCGGUUCACAUCUUCGAUCUCGAGGGCCGCAUAAUCUACUGGCUCAAGUGGGAAAAUUUCGUGUUCGUCGCCUCAAUGGAUAUGUUGUUUGUAGGGAGUCACUGUGGAUCCCUAACUUUAGGGUCCAUUUGGGUGUACGGCGUGAGCUUUUGCGCAAGUGGUUUGACGUGCAAUCGUGAUUUCGCACAGAACCGAUCUGCAGAAAACCUUUAUGGUUACCCUCCGUCAGAGGCUUUUGGCCAGGACGCCAUCAACCUACUUGUUGAUCCCCGCGACUUUCAUAUGGCGAGAAAUAUUAUCGACCAUAUAACUAUGGGCGAGAAUUGGACUGGGAAGUUUCCGGUGAAGAAUAAGUCAGGGGAAAGAUUUUUAGCUAUUUCCACAUAUACCCCUUUCUAUGAUGAUGAUGGUACUUUGGUCGGUAUCAUUUGUGUGUCAAGCGAUGCCCGCUCCCUUCAAGAAAUGGAUGCACCUUCAAACUAUACGAAGCCCCAAAUAAGAGGUGGUUCUGAUUAUCAACCUCUCCAAGUUGCUAUUGCUUCUAAAAUAACAAAUUUGGCUAAUAAGGUCACAAACAAAGUUCGUUCUCGUAUUAAGAUGGGCGAGAAUGGCACAGAACGUGAAAGUGGUUUUGGUGAUAGCCAGAAUUCUGAUAAUGAUGGUAGUUGCACAGACCACAAGGAGGACACAGCAUCUAGCGGUGCAAGCACACCAAGAGGAGGUGUACCACCAUGUCCUUUCGGUGUACCCUCUUCAAGUGUGGAUGAAAAAUCUCCUAAAAAGGAACCCAAAAGUAAUAAUGAGGCCGAUGGAAAAGCAGGGAUCCACAAGAUUAUAAGCUCAAAAGCGGAGGCUUUAUUUGCCAAAAAAGGGAUAUUAUGGCCAUGGAAAGCGAAUGAGAAUGACAAAAAUGAUGGCAAGACUCGUUCGUCGUGGCCUUGGCUACAUGGUGAACAAGAGAAUGAUCAAAAUAACAAAAAGGCUUCCGAGUCUAGUGAAAAGGCAAAAAACCAAAUGGGUGAAAGCAAUAGAACAUUCAACAAUGAGGCAUCAGGGUCGUGGUCUUCUUUUAAUGUUAAUAGCUUAAGCAGUGCUAGCAGCGGAGGAAGCACUAGUAGCAGUGCUAUCCAUAGGGUGGAUUCGGAAACCGACUGCUUAGAUUACGAGAUUUUGUGGGAGGAUCUUAUAAUCGGAGAACAAAUAGGUCAAGGUUCUUGUGGAACAGUAUAUCGUGCUCUGUGGUAUGGCUCGGAUGUGGCGGUUAAAGUGUUUUCAAAGCAGGAAUAUUCGGAUGACGUGAUACUAUUUUUUAAACAAGAGGUAUCAUUAAUGAAAAGGCUAAGGCACCCGAAUAUACUUCUCUUCAUGGGUGCUGUUACCUCUCCUCAACGUCUUUGCAUCGUGACAGAAUUGCUUCCACGUGGGAGUUUGUUUCGGUUGCUUCAAAGGAACGCUGCCAGGCUGGAUUGGAGACGGCGCAUUAACAUGGCUUUGGAUGUUGCACUGGGUAUGAAUUAUCUUCAUCAUUGCAACCCACCUAUUAUUCAUCGUGAUUUGAAGUCGUCAAACCUGUUAGUCGAUAAGAAUUGGACAGUGAAGGUCGCCGACUUCGGUCUUUCGCGUCUGAAGCAUGAAACUUUUUUGACAACCAAUAAUGGGAAAGGAACUCCACAGUGGAUGGCUCCGGAAGUUCUUCGAAACGAACCUUCAGAUGAAAAGUCCGACGUGUACAGCUUUGGGGUGAUAUUGUGGGAACUUGUAACUGAGAAGAUCCCUUGGGAGAACCUCAAUUCAAUGCAGGUUAUUGGAGCUGUGGGGUUCAUGGAUCACAGGCUGGAGCUUCCGAAUGAUUUGGAUCCUCAAUGGGCUUCAAUUAUCGAGAGUUGUUGGCACAGCGAGCCAGAGCGGCGGCCAACGUUUCAAGAACUACUGGAAAGAUUCAAAGAUUUACAAAGGCAACAUGUGCACUUGCAGCGAUCGGCAGCAGCAGAUAAAAAGCAGGCACUGGCAAAAUUGAGUGUUCAAGAUUGAUGGUCGGCGUCUGCACGCUUGUUCGAUAACUGGCCCUAAAUUUGUUUGGUCAUAAAUCCGUUUGCGAAAAAUGUAGAGUCCUAUGUGGUUCUUUUUGUGAUAUUAUUUGUAGCAGCGGUACGCUCUUUUUAGUUUUUACGACUCGGAGCCAGUUAUCUCUUUCCAUCAACUACAACGCCGUCGGUCAUGAUCCACAGGGCAGAGACUCGCCACCAACACGAUCGUGGGCAUCCUAAUCCACAAACAGAGACAUUGGUCCGAAGUUGUAAAAAUAGACAAUGACGAGGAAAAGAAGUGCACAGGAACAAUGAAAUAUAAUAAGUGAGACUGUUUUGGAGAAUUCUUCCGUUCUUUUUUCUUCUCGCGAAUUGGUCGGGCUUCGUCGGAUUAACAAAAAAAAUGUUUAUGCUUUUGCAAUUUAAGGCUUCUGGUGGGUAUUGAUGGGUAGUAGGGUUAAGCUUGUUUGUAUUUUCACCAGAUUCCUCUUCAGCUGUAAACAAUUUUUAAGUGUAUUUUGUGUCAUUAUACACUAAGGUUGUACAUGUUUAUUAGGAACAAAUUCUCGUGCAAGAUUCUUAUUUUAGGACUCAUUGAAGUUUUUCUUUGUUUAGAUUGUGUUUGAUUGUCACUGAACUUACUAUUGUAAAGAUUUGAUUGGAUCAUCUUAA